AUGACGUCACUAUAUAUAUCAGUUUGACCAUGCGCUAAAUAGCCUCGUUCGGGCGAAUAUUUACUUCCUCGAUCGAGUCAAACUCGGGGUCUGGAGAAAAUGCCAAAACGAAAGAAACCACGAAAGUUCUCAAGUAUAAUCCAAACUCAACAGAUUUAUGAGAGGAAAUUUUCACUAGUCAGUGACAUGGAGUAGCUAGGCCUGACCUGAAAACUACUAGCCCCGGGCGUUGGUCUAGACUCUAGUGGAAUUGUACACCCCUGUGUGAAUCGACCUUGGGUAAUUACUGAAGAUGACGUCACUAUAUAUAUCAGUUUGACCAUGCGCUAAAUAGCCUCGUUCGGGCGAAUAUUUACUUCCUCGAUCGAGUCAAACUCGGGGUCUGGAGAAAAUGCCAAAACGAAAGAAACCACGAAAGUUCUCAAGUAUAAUCCAAACUCAACAGGUAUAAAAGAAACAAUUCAAAAUGGCCACAAAAGAAGUAGUCACAGAAAAUGAAGAGGAAGCCUUUGGCGCCCAAAAUGAGUUGGCUUCGUAUCUGGAUGAUGAGCUUGAGGAGGCAGAGUUCAAUAAACUGAAGAGUCUGUUUAGGAAAUGUCCAAUUCCUCCAAGAAAACUUCAGAAUAUCAAAACUAUGACAGAUCUAUUUCAACAACUUGAGAAUGAUCAGAAAAUAUCUGUGGGAAACUACAAGUUUUUUACAGUAAGAUUGGAAAAAAUUCAGUCUAGGCUGGCUACUGAAGUGCAAAGAAGAGAGAGAAGGAUUAAAGAUAUCCUGAAUAGCGGUCCAUCACCAGCUAAACAACAGGGGACAGGAGAUGAAACCCAACAACAACCUCCAGGUUUGUUAUUAACUCACCUGGUCCAAAGGACCAAUUAGCUUAUGCUACGACACAGUGUCCAUCAACCGAUAUCCCUUAAUUAACAUUUCUUAAAUUCCAGCUUGUCCUUAAAUUUUUCUCUUAUUAAAUUGGGUCUGGAUUGUUAUUGGGUGAAGGGGAUCAAAUAUUAUACAUAUUUGAAGGAUGUGGCUCCCCUGGGACCCAGUGACAGGAAGGGCGGAGAUCAAUAGGGGGGAAAAGUAACUGAAGGCACUGAUUGUCAUGAAUGAGUGAGUGGAUUUUGACUAAAUUUGGUCAGAAGCAUCUUUUUUGGAAAGGGAACAAAUUUGCACCAAUGGUAACUAGGCAUGACCCUAUAUAUAGGGAAAAUAGAAGUCAGAACAGCUGAAUGGAUUUUCAGGGAAUUUGAUAUGGACAAUUAAUGUUGGUUCAAAUGAAUGGCCUUGACCUACAUUCAAGCUCACUGAUCAUAUGUGUUUAAAUCAAGAGUAUCUUAUCCAUAACCAAUUAAAUGACCCAUGGCCAGGGUCAUGAUAUUUGGCCUAUAUAUAUAUAUCAUACUGGGAUGAAUGGCCAUAUUGUUUGCUCAAAUAUAAAGACCUCAACCUGUCU